AUGCUCCAGACCGUGGGGCAAUUCAGUGGCAUGGCAACUGAAGAUCCUCACAUCCAUCUCAGACAAUUUAUGGAAGUGAGUGAUGCUUUUAAGCUCCCGGGGGUGACUGAAGAUACAUUGAGGUUAAAGCUUUUCCCUUAUUCCUUGAGGGACAGGGCACGAGUGUGGCUGAAUUCUUUGCUUCCGGAUUCAGUGACAUCAUGGGAUGAAUUGGCAGAAAAGUUUCUCAUGAAAUACUUCCCUCCAACCAAGAAUGCAAAGUUGAGGAAUGACAUAACCUCGUUCCAACAAGCAGAUGGGGAGUCAUUGUAUGAAGCGUGGGAUAGAUUUAAGGAAUUGCUGCGGAAGUGCCCUCAUCAUGGGAUCCCCCACUGGAUUCAAAUGGAGACAUUUUAUAAUGGUCUCAAUGGGCAAACACGAACUAUAGUGGAUGCCGCAGCAGGGGGGGCCAUUUUUGCCAAAUCUUAUAAUGACGCAUAUGAGAUUUUGGAGAGGAUGGCAAACAAUAACUAUCAAUGGCCAACCGAGAGGCAUAAUGCAAGGAAGGCCACUGGAAUUCACGAGGUUGACGCCAUCACUGCUCUUUCAACGCAAAUGUCAUCUUUGACGAAUAUGGUAAAGGCAUUAAACACACCGGCAGGGGUAAAUGCAGUGCACACCCCUGGUUUUUCGUGUGUUUACUGUGGAGAUAGCCACCAAUAUGAAGAUUGCCCAUCCAACCCUGCCUCUGCAUGCUAUGUUGCUAAUUUCAACAAGGGUAGUCAUCACUAUUCAAAUCCUCAUAACCAAGGGAUGAGGCAACAUCCAAACUUAUCAUGGAGUAAUCAGGGAGCAAGUACCAGUCAACCCAAUGCCUACCACAGAAACACGUACCCACCUGGAUAUCCACCGCAACAACAAAGAACUCAAGCCGUGGAACAAUCUAACUCUUUGGAGAGCUUGUUAAAAGAGUUUAUUUCAAGGAGUGAAGCCAAAAUCCAGAGCCAUGAUGCAACACUGUGGAAUUUAGAAAAUCAGGUUAGACAGAUCGCAAACUCUUUGAACAACAGGCCCUAA